AUGGCGCGGCGACGCCAACGUUCGAAGUGGCGGUUGACGACGACGCUGACGGCGACGACGCUCGCGACGGCGAUCGGACGCGCGCGCGUGGGCCGAGCGCAGUUCCAGCGCGCGACGGAUUACGAGUAUCGCGUGUGCGCGGAACAGCCGGGAGAGUACGCGACGACGCAGACGGACGGGACGACGGCGACGCGGGCGCGGUGCGUGUCGCUGGACGCGGGCGAGCUCGGGUUCUGCGCGGGGAUCGCGUACGACGCGUGCGUGCGCACGAAUCCGCCGUCGACGCAGGAUAAACGCGUGCUGAGCGCGUUCGAGAGGAUGACGAAGAUGCAAAGCGCGAUGGCGCCGGAAUUAGCGGGGGAGCCGACGUGCCUGGUGGUGAUGGCGGAGUACAUGUGCGCGGUGGCGUUUCCGAGGUGCGAUCCGGAUCCGUUGGAGGCGACGAAGUACAACGAGGUGCCGGCGUGUUGGGAUUAUUGCACGAAUUCGGUGUUCGGGUGCACGGGGGAGAUGGCGACGGCGAUGGACGUGUGUAAUCGUUCGGUGUACGCGGGGGUGGUGGUGGCGCAAGACAGGCCAGACGUUAAGUGCGUGAGCGGGGCGGGCGAGUUGGUGUUGAUCACCGUCGCGAUGAUGACCGUCGCGCUCGUGCUCCUGUAG